GCAGCCCCUCGCGGCGGAAGUCGUCACGGGGCGAGCCCCGGCAGCGUCCGCGGUAGCUUGCCAUGGCGAUGGGCAGCGGCGGUGCAGGCUCGGAGCAGGAGGACGCGGUGCUGUUCCGACGUGGCACCGGCCAGAGUGAUGAUUCUGACAUUUGGGAUGAUACGGCAUUGAUAAAAGCUUAUGAUAAAGCUGUGGCUUCCUUUAAGCAUGCUCUAAAGAAUGGUGACGUUUGUGAAACUUCAGAUAAGCCAAAAGGCACAGCCAGAAGAAAACCUGCUAAGAAGAAUAAAAACCAAAAGAAGAGUGCCACACCUCCCCUGAAACAGUUUCUCCCUCCACCACCCCCAAUGCCAGGGUCAGGAUUGGGACCAGGAAAGCCAGGCCUGAGAUUCAAUGGCCCACCGCCACCUCCUCCUCCCCCCUUCCUGCCAUGUUGGAUGCCUCCGUUCCCUUCAGGACCACCAAUAAUCCCUCCACCCCCUCCCAUAUCUCCAGAUUGUCUGGAUGACACUGAUGCCCUGGGAAGUAUGUUGAUCUCAUGGUACAUGAGUGGCUACCAUACUGGCUAUUACAUGGGUUUCAGACAAAAUAAGAAAGAAGGAAAGCGCUCACAUACAAAUUAAACAGUUCAGCUCUCUGCCAAGGAGAUGGUAUGUUGGUGUCCCUGGUCGAUAUGAACAGACGUCUCAUCGUCAUCUUGGGGACUCUUGGUUGAGUGAUGUCAUCACCAGUGUUUUCCCGUUCUGGGUCCGGGCCUAACUCACCAGUGGGGUGUGUUUAGAGCACGAUCACUUUGAGGAAGAGAAUGGUGGAACUGUGAGCACAUGGAAGUCAGUCUGCCAAAACUGUGACUGAGCACACUUGUACAACUGUAACUCCCUUAGUGUGUGAAGAUUUUUAUUCAUGCCUUUACAAACAAAUAAAGUCCUUUUUUGAAAUAUU